AUGUCCGCCCCUGAGCCCGCUCCCGCCUCAGGUGCUUCCGCAGAGAAACAACCCCAAGAGCCACGCCGCACCGAGCUCGACGUUGAGAAACUUCAUGCCCUUCCAUCCGAACAACAGGAUCUCUAUUUAUUGACUUUUACAUCUGAGCUCGUCCAGCAUGUGUCGAACCUUACAAAGGAGGAAAUUUCGUCUGAACAGGCUUCCCUCAAACAAGAGCUCUUCAAGAUCAUCAACCUAAGCGCACCAACCGUCACACGAGUUAUCCGUAACAAUCUGGGCAAAUGUUUCGGAACAAUCCUAGGCAAAGGAGAUCGCAUUCCACUAUAUGACACAGUUCUCGAUUUACUCGCUAUAGUCAAUGGUGGAAAGAGCGUCGAGCCCAAGACCAAGCUCGCCGCGGCGCAUUGUCUAGGAGAAGUGUUUGCCAAUGCGGGAGAUAGUGCCUACAGUCAUGCAAGCGCCGUAGUAGGAGGACUCUUUAAACUGCUUAAAUCUAGCAGCAAUCAUACGGGGGCCCGCGGUGCGGUUUUCGCUACACUAGGAAAGGUAGUUGGUGGCCUCGGUGGUCCCAUUGAAGAACCGAUAGCACGAGACAUAUGGAAACAGGCGCGAAACGCGGCUUCCAGUGAUAAGUCGACUCUUGUUCAAAUAAAUGCUUGCCGGUGUCUCGAACAACUCUUGAAGACGACCACUUAUUUCGAUAAUCAGAAUGAUUGCGACAAUUUGAAGACGCUAGUCUGGAAAGUCAUCGACCACCCUGUUGCGCCAGUGAGACAUUCCGCCGCGUCAUGUUUAGCAAGGGCUCUGGUUAAGAGCUAUUCGCCACAGACAGGCGUUCCGCCAACAGCGAAAUCGAAGAAAGCCAAAAGACAAUCAAAAAAGCCUCCGCCAAAAGGAGCUGAUGCUGAUGAGGACGAGCCAGCGGAGUUGGAUGCUGCUUCUGCCAAAAAGGUCGAACCGCGCUUAUCGUUGUCGCUCUCUGACAUCCUGGGGCAACUCUCUUCUCAGUACGUGCGCAGCUCGACUGGAAAUAGAGCCCGAGCUGGCAUAGCUGUUUGUUACAAAUAUGUCAUCCGAAACCUGGGGGAGAACGUUGUAGAGGAGCGAUACGGUCAAAUCGCUUCGCAUCUUCUCGUUACUCUACUGAAUCAUCCCACAAUCACAUACAACCGUUUUCGACUCCUGAUGACUCGAAGAUUUAUCAAGAAUAUCCUCGAGGAUACGGUUGGCCGCGAACUUUUGCGAGAGAAUAGUCAAUUGAAUGCUGCCAAUUGGCUCAUUAACUCGAUCUUGAAAGAUUACCCCCAGGUGAUUAAGGAGAGAAAAGAACCAAGCAAGCAUACUCUUGCCAGCACGUUAAGUGCUCUCUCUUCCCUGAUAUUGUCACUGGGCUCGGCCGUAACGUCUUUAGCUGACGCCUGCCGCGAAACCCUCAUUCAAGUCCUGCCACAUCCCAGCUACACCGUGCAAGUCCAGACAGCUCAUUGCCUGCGUAACUUUGUGCUAGCCUGCCCAAAUCAGUUGAUAUCAGAAAUCGGUCAAUUAGCAACACCACGUUCAUCAUCUCGGCGCUGUCUCGGAUUCGCAAAUGGCCUAUCUUCUAUGUUGGGCACUUCUCGCUUGCAGCCUCUUUACGGAUCAGUCGAUGUCUUUGCGCGUGUUCUAUCCCAGGCAACUGAUCUUCUCAAAAACAGUGGCAGUUCCGAACUCCGAGUUGCGAGCACUAAGAUUCAAGUCGCGUGGAUUCUCAUCGGAGGCCUAAUGCCUCUGGGACCUAGCUUCGUCAAGAUUCAUUUAUCGCAGUUGAUGCUUUUAUGGAGAAAUGCUCUUCCCAAGCCUCUGGCCGAUGGCGCGAGGCGUAUUGCUACAAUGCUACAAAAUACAGUUACUUUUCUAGAUGAGAUGACCCUUCCAAAAACGGCAGAGGAUAUUUCGCAGCGCCUUUAUCCCUCUCUGCAAAUGCACGAUUUCGUGGUCAUGGUUCGGCGUCGUGUGCUCCAAUGUUUUACAAAACUAGUGAAAAUCCCUCAUACCGGCCAUGCAGAAAUAGUCUCUCAGUCCAGCCUUCUCAGUAUAGCCAUAUCCUCUUUUGCAGACCCUGAGAUCGUGCAUCCCAAUCCCAUCGAGAGCUCAAUUGCUACUUCAACUGGCCAAUUCGAGGGCCUUUGGGAUCUUUGGGAUAACUUUGGAUUUGGGGUCACAGGCCUAGCACGAGAAUAUGUUAACGAAACACUUACUGGAAAACGUGCAGGAGGAAGCACUGCGUGGAUUGCUCACGAUUCUACUGAUCAGGAAAUCGACGAUAUUCUGAAUUUCCCGAUCUGCCAAGCCAGUGAGCACGAUUCUGUGCUUCUUUAUGGUGCGCGAGACGGCUUUCUAUCGUCCAACACAGACCCUCCGGUCACAGAGGCUGUAAAUGCCGCUAUAAGUCUUUUUGCAGUUGCGUUGCCCUUACAAGGACCAAAGGUACAAGAGAGCAGCGUUGAACAAAUUGUCACGCUGCUAUCCUCUCAGAGCUUACAGAGAAACCCUGGCCGGAAGGUUGCUAUGACUAUCAAUAUUGCUGUGGCUUUAUUACAUACUCUCAAAGUUGCCGUUAAGGAAACAUUUGCGCCUGCGGGGAAUAUCGCACCGUCCACGGGUAAGAUCAUCCAAGAGCUCUUACAGAAAUUCGUCAUGGAUCCUGACGCAAUAAUCCGGACGAUCGGAUUUGAAGCACUUGGAAGACUAUGCAAUAGUGCGGGAAAUACGUUUACAAACAAUCAAAUCAACUGGCUUGUUGACACUAUCGUCGAUAAUCGCGAACCCAACGCACGAGCAGGAUGCGCAGCAGCUCUGGGCUGCAUUCACUCAAGAGUUGGUGGCAUGGCCGCGGGAUUUCACUUAAAGACAAUUGUCGGUGUUCUUAUGUCGUUAUGCAGUGAUCCUCACCCAGUUGUGCAUUUCUGGGCAUUGGAUGGUCUGGAAAGGGUUGCGGAAUCAGCUGGUUUGACAUUUUCGCCUUACGCAUCUAGUUCACUGGGCAUGCUUGCGCAGCUCUAUGUGGCCGACACCCAUAAUGAAGAAGCGGCGUCACUAGCCACCUCGAAUCUCGAAGUGUCCUUUCCCACUCCUUUCCUCAUCAGUCGCUCGGUUGAUUCUCUCAUCAAUGUCUUGGGGCCCGACCUACAAGACAUCACGAAGACUCGCAACCUUAUAUUGACACUAGUCCGUCAAUUUCAACUAGAAGAAUCUCGUGCAUUGAAAACACAAAGCUCUCGGUGCUUGGACCAUCUCUCUCUAUAUGCACCGACUCACGUGGAUUUGAUGGCAUAUCUCAAACGACUGCAGGCCGGACUCACCUCGAAGAGUUCGCUGAUGCGGGAGGCUGCAAUUCGUGGACUAGACAAUCUGAUGAAAAGGGAUGCCGAGUCGGUUUUAGGAACCGCAACUUCCACUCUAGAAGAUGAGAUCUGGUUUGCUUUGGAUGACUCCCCAGAAAGCACGUCGCUGCGAAGCUUGAUUCGCAAUUGGUUGCAGCAGAGCGGGCUUUCUCAUACUCAGCUCUGGAUUCAGCGUUUGCAUAAUGUGCUCACCAAAACUCGGGCUAAACUAGAUGAUGUACAACCAAAGAGGCUUGCACGAGUGGCUACUGCGACCGAGAUGGCAGAUGAUGAAGUUGCUGGCUUUGCUUCUGCUGUUGCUGGCGGAGACCAGGAAGAUGCGGACAACAAUGCUGCUGUCGGACAGGAGUUACUCAAAUGGCAAACACGUAACUUCGCUGUUAUCUGCCUUAGCGACCUUCUUUUAAUGGUGAAUGAUAAGAUCCUUCCAGACCAGACCAUUCCUGCGGAGGUUGCUCUUCAGCAAAAGAUUGGCGACGUCGUCCGUAUGGCCUUCUCUGCAUCCACAGCAAAUGUAGUAGAGCUAAGAGUUUGGGGUCUUAAGAUUCUCGAUCAAGUCUUAAAUAUGUUCGGCAAAACGCCCGACCCAGAUUUCUCGGAGGCUUCUCUACUAGAACAAUACCAAGCACAAAUCGGAUCAGCUCUAACACCAGCGUUUGCAGCCGACUCGUCUCCCGACCUAGCCUCGGAAGCUAUCAACGUAUGUGGCACGUUUGUUGCUGCAGGCAUUGUCACCAAUGUAGAUCGGAUGGGCAGAAUAUUCCGAUUGCUGGUUGUCGGCUUGGAACAGUUUGCUAAUAAUUCAAACGUCACUGAGAUUGGUGAUCUGAAAGGCCUGAAUUCCAAUGCAAGAGUUAUGGUUAAGAUGGCUCUUUUCUCGGCUUGGGCGCGAUUGCAAAUGGCGAGCCUUGAGCAACAGUAUCUAGUUGAUAUUGUUCAGCCAUAUACCGCUAUGCUGACGCCAUUGUGGCUUUCUUCGCUACAAGAAUUUGCUCGCCUACGUUUCGAGCCGGACAUAUCAGGGAGCCUUGGUACUCCAUCGACUGGGGAUCUUGAUGAAGUCUAUGCAGCCCUGAAUAGAGAGACGUUGCUCAACUACUAUCAAGAUACUUGGCUGAAUCUCGUUGAUGCGAUUGCAAGCUUGGUUGAAAAAGACAGCGACUUCGUUUUUGAUGCCCUGGAUAAUAAGUCCAAUACCCAAUGUCAAGAUGAAGAAGACGAAGCUCAAACAAAUGAAGUUUCACCAGUAGGGAAGGGCGACAGCAUCAAUUAUCGCGAUGAACCAGUUGCUUUCUUUUUCGUGCUUUUUGGCCUUGCGUUUGAGGCGUUAGUGGAUCAGUCGAUCUCCCCCUCGCAGAGACUUGAAAUUCUUCAAGCUCUCCGGAAGAUACUACGUCCAUCGGUCUCUGGAAACGCUAUUUAUCAAGAUGCAGUCUUUUCCGAAACUAUGGAUACCCUUGAUCGUCUGGUUCUUACUGAGGGUCACAACAUCCAGACUGUUAUUGUUGAAAUGGCCAGAAACCUGUCUCUUGACCAUCCGUCUGCGAAAGAUGGGCAAGGCCGUGCAGAGAACUUGUCCGACGAUAUCGAGCAGCUCUUCGAACUUACAAGAAAUAUUAUCCUUGUCUUAGCGGGUCUGCUCCCUAACCUUGGAGACUCGAGCACUCGCACUUAUAAUGUCAGCUCUGACGAGACUUUGACUCUGAUCCGCCUUGCACUCUCUUCUCUCGUCGAUGUAGCAGCGAUUUUUCCUUCAGUUAUACAACACGAUCUUCAUGCCUGUAUUUUGCAUAUCUUUAGCACGAUACUUGCCACCGGGAUGUGUCAGGCUGAAGUUGUUCCGCAUGCGCUCCCUAUAUUUCGAAGAUUCAUCCAGGGCAUGAGCUCGCAGAAUACACCGAUCACUGAGGCCAUCUCACUGCAAGUGCGUGGUUGCUUGACACGAUUUCUUACCACACUAAAAAUUGCGCAGCGCCGGGAAUCGGAGACUUCUCUUCCUUGUGCAAAGAACACUCUUCUCGCCAUGACUAUUGUCCUCACUACUAUCAGCCAUGCUAUUCCACCCCAAGAUCCGUUAAUUGCCCGGGUGCUUGAGCAAUACUUAGACUGUCUGCAGGAUGUUGGGCUCGCCAGUGUCGCUGCAGGGUGUAUCCGCUCGGUGCUCCUUAGGAGCGGGCCAAUAUCCACUACAGAUUCGAUGAUUAUGCGGUACCUAUUUCCACGGCUUAUUGCCUUUGUCGCAGGGGUUCCGGAUGAUCAAGGAGAACCUCCAAUUGAUCCAGAAAACUCGCGAGCGUCGAUCUCACAGACACUAGUUUCGCUCAUCAGUAGCCCUACGGCUUUCCCAAGCUCUAAACUGCCGACAGCUAUUCCUCUGGUCAUGUCAACACUUCUCGUGCGCGCCAAAACAGAGGGGACAUCGACUUAUCAAGAGAUCGCUACCCGGCUUUUGGAAAUCGGAAAGCUAGACCCACUGGUUUUCCGUACCCUUGUGGCCACCAUGGACGCAGAGAGAAAAUCUCUUGUGGAGGACAUUCUCCGCAGCGCUGGUCCUCCUUCCGGCGAAGUUAAGGAUACUGCAGCGCAGGAGCAGAAAGCUGCGCCUAGUAUUGCAUUACGCUUCGACUUUUAG